AUGGAUCCGCUCGCCGCUCUUCCUCAUGACUCGCCCCCACCGUACUCGCAGAUCGAUGGUCCGAGUGCGGUCGCCGUCGGAUCGCAACUUUUCUCUCGAAUCUAUUCGGACAGCUCGAAGGUCUGUGGCGCCAAAAGUUUUCUGAUGAUCUACUCGGGUUUCCUCGCCUUGUUCCUCCCGAUGCUCAUUCAUUUUGCCAACUUUCACGUUGGCUCCCCACACGACUUUUCCUGGCUCAAUAUCGGAAUUGUCGCCCUUCAGUUGAUCGUUUUUGUGAACGCCUACCGUCAGAACCGAAUCGCGCUCCUACACUUGCAGUGCUUCAUUGUGAGCUCAUUAUUCUCAACGUUUCUGUAAUAAUUCAAUUUUCAGUGCGUUCUCUCGCUCUUCUGCCUCUCCGGACCCGUCGCUUUCCUCUCCAUUCUGGCUUCUUUCAAACGUGCCGAGUACCCGCAUCUCGCCCGAGAACUCAUGUUGGUUAUUGUCUCCUCAAUUUGUCUCAUUCGUGAGUUUUUACUAUUUAAGUUCGUUUUUUGGAGUUUUCAUUCGGUUUUCAGUUGGCGUCUUCCAAACCAUCAUCAUUGAGUGUCUGUACGUAAAGCUGGAGAGAGCCAGAGAGAUCGAUGGAAUUGUGGCUUGA